AUGGCUUCAAUGCCUAAAAUAUUAGACAGCGGCUGGCUUUCAACCGCUGCGCGUUUCUGGGGAUUGUCAGUGGGUGCUAUCGCUCUCGUGAUCGCCAUCGUAUCGUACCGCUACUAUGCCUUUCGACGCAAGCUUCCCCCAGGACCACCCGGCAUCCCAGUCAUUGGCAACCUCCGUGAAAUGCCUAAAACUCACCCUUGGCGUACCCACACACAAAUGCACCGGAAGUACGGUCCUAUCUUUAGCAUGGUCUAUGGUCGCAACACAGUUAUCUAUCUUGGCACUUACGAUAUCGCCCGCGAGCUUCUUGAAAAACGGAGCAAUAUUUACAGCUCAAGGCCAAGAAUGGUCAUGGUUGGCGAGUGUAUCAGCCAGGGUAACCGAUCUCUGAUCCUGCCUUACGGGGAGCAGUGGCGCGGAUAUCGCAGGCUGCAGGGUGCUUUUCUUAGCCCACGCAUGUCAAAUACGUACCGUGAAUUGCAGGAUCUAGAGAGCAAGCAACUAGUGAGCGAGUUUCUCACCAAAGACGACUUUUUCAAGCGGUUCCAUCGUUAUUCGUCGAGCUUAACCUUUGCGUUGGCCUAUGGGAAGCGCAUGCCAACGGGCCAGGAGGAAGAGGUCAAAGGCGUCGAGAGGAUAAUGGACCAUCUCAACACCGCCUUUCAUACCAAUUGGAUUGUCGACUCCUUGCCCAUUCUAAAUAAAUUGCCAAGCUUCAUGAAGCCCUGGAAGAAGAUUGGCGACUUCCUUGGAGAUGAGGAGAGGGAAUUCUUCAGCAGUAUUCGCGCCGGAGCAGCAGGCCGACUUGGGUACAAUUGGUGCAAGGACAUCCUGACCAUGAAAGAUCACAAGGCUCUCACCGACAUGCAACUUUCCUAUGUCGUAGGAAACACAUACGAGGCUGGAGCCGAUACAACCACUAUGACGCUGCAAGUGUUCACCCUGGCUGCUGUUUUGCAUCCAGAAAAGUGCAAAAUCCUACAGGACGAGAUCGAUAGCGUGUCCGGGCGUGACCGUCUGCCCACGUUCGAGGAUACCGAGAAGAUGCCGUACUUGACGGCGUUUGUAAAAGAAGUACAUCGGUGGCGCCCAGUGCUCCCUGGCGGUGUUCCACAUGCUGUCACAGCGGACGACACUUUCAUGGGCUAUCAUAUACCCAAAGGUGCAACCAUUGUCCCUGGUCACUGGGCAAUGUCCAUGGACGAGCAUAUGUAUCCCAACCCCGACGUUUUCGAACCUGAGCGCUUCCUCAGAGACCCCGAGCUGCCUUAUUCCCAAUUUGGCUUUGGGAGGCGGAAGUGUAUAGGCCAGUAUGUUGGGAACAAUUCCAUGAUGAUUAACGUGGCUCGUAUGCUCUGGGCCUAUGAUUUCAAGAAGGGCUGGGAGAUCAUUAAUGGCAAGAAAGUUGAGGCGCGUGUUGAUCCACUCGGAUUUUACAACGGAUUUAAUUCCCCUCCGCUGCCGUUCAAGGCCCGCUUCGUGCCGCGCGAUGCGCGGGUGCCUGAUAUUUUGAGGUCCGAGUUCCUAGAGACGGAGAGGAAGGGAACGGACGCCAUCCUUCAGCGCAUUGAAGAAGCCGCCUUAAUCCUCAAGGAAGGCGAGAAGCCUACAAAUAUCGCAUUCUCCAGGAAGGACCUCAGACACAGUCCCGCCUUGGCAUUAUCGAAUGGGCCGUUCCACCCCACGUUCAAGGGCCAGACUUCUGUUUUCAUGAGAAGCACGAGGAGUGUUUCUAUAUCACAGUUCAGCAAUCCGUUCGACGAUGAAGCAGUCUUCAUCAACACACUGACUCCAAGUUUCUUCGUGGAGUACUUCAAAGUUCUCGAGCAAUCGAUCCAUGGAGAUGCUGAUGGGGACAUGACUGGAUUGAUGAGACGUUUUGCUACGGUACCUAUGACUCCGGAUAUGAUCAAAGAGUAUGAGAUACUCUCAAGUAUAGGCUGA